UUGCGAGUGACUGUUGGGAGUAAGAAUGAGUCGGGAGAGUACCGAGAGUGGUCCUAUCUCCUACAGAUCCGAUGGAUCGACCGGAAGCGGUGGAGGGAGACUCCCACCUCGGAGCAACGAGAAUAGGAUGGCGGGUCGUACCUGUUUUCGGUGUGGGAAGCCUGACCAUUUCGCGAAUGUCUGUGAAGAGUACUGGGACGCCCGAGACAAGGGGAUCCCGUUUGUUCCUCCACCACCACCUUACGCACGUAGUGGCCGCACCAUGGCAACCGACACGGAGAGAAGAAGUCACUCGGCGGACAACUAUGGACCCAGACGUGAAACGGACGAGAUGAACAGCAUGAUGAGAACGUACUUUUUCGAGAUGGCGAAAGAGCGAGAAGAGGCCAAGCAGAGGGCCACGAGCGAAGAAGCGCAACGGAAAGAAGAGGCGGCGAAGAAGGAACUAGAGAAGAAGAGACUACAAGAGCUGGAAGAAAAGAAUCGCGCUGAAGAUGAACGGGAUGCGCGCCUACUCAGAUUGAUCCGAGAGGAGAUCCGCCAUGACAGCGAGAAUGAGAACGAUCAUGCAUUCCGAGCAAGAAGGAAAGUAAUCAAGCGGAACGAGGGAGGCGAGACUGUCGAGGAGGAGAAAGAGCGCUUGAGGCGCGCGAUAGCGUUGCAAGAGGAGGAUGAGGAGGAUGCGGAGCUGAUUUUGCUGCGACGACGGGCCGCUGGAUUAGAGAUCAACGAGAAGCGGAAGAGGGGUAAAGAAGUGGCGGUAGGCGACAGCCCGCCAAUGAUUACUCCUACGAAAGGACAACGGACUGUUUUGGGUACGACUUCCAAGUUGAGGAUCGAAGAGCUGCGGGAGGCGGGCCAUAUGGCGAGCACGUCUUCACCAAUUGCCGAACCAGUCGGGAAAAUUGGGGUGUCAAUUAGACAUGUGACUGCAGGAACAGUUCCCGGUGCGCGUGCAAAGUAUGAAGAAGAGAUCCGGGUUGUGUACGAAGCAUUGACAAUCGAGGAGCUGAAGGAGGCCUGUAAAAACGAGCGGAUCUCGAGGGAACUAGAGGCCGUCGAGCGGACAUUGAUCAGGGUAUGGUCACCUUCCCUUAACUCGAAGGGAGUGAAGCGGCGGCCGAGAAAACAGAGAAGACGCGGGAAGAAAGAACGGAGGAGGGAUGCCGAGAAGGUGGCGACCGAGAAUGGGAGGAAGAGAAUCGAGGGAGGAACAUGCGAGAGUGCGAAGGAAGGAUUGUCAGAGAGACUGUCCAAGGGAAUGGCGGAUGGAUUCUCGGACCUGAGUUGGUUAGGCAAGAAUAUGGGGAAGGUAGAUUUCACAAGAGAGGAGAUCGAUGUGUGUAUGAGGAAGGAUGUGAUUGGGGAUAGUGGCGAUGCAGACGUGAUACGCCGGCUGCAUGACGACUUGAGAGGGCUUGUGUGUUGUCCCUUGGAUCGGAAUCCUGGUGACACACUGGUCAUGUGUCCAGCAGUGUAUGCAGAAGGAAUGAAGACGACGUUUACAGGCAACGAGGGGUAUGUAACUCGGAAGGAAUUUGAGGAGGACAUCAUCGAAUUGACGCAUGAUGCUUACAAAGGCGGGAACUUCGAACAGAUUGCGCAAUGGAAGAAAGAUGGGAAGCUGGGUAGAGCGUACACCCUGCCAAAACACAAGGACACGGCAAAAUACAGGCCGAUUUGUCCAACUUUCAGGGAACCGAGUAAUGCAGCAUGUAAAAAGAUAGCACGUGUACUGAAUGGAAUGUUGUUUUCAAUUCCAAAAAGUAAACAUUUCAAUUUGAAGUUUGUCUCUGAGUUGCGUGACAGAUUGAUCGGGAUAAACCGGAGUAUGCGUCGUGUCUGUAGGAAUGCACAGAUCUUGAGCAGCUCGUACGAUAUCAAAGAUAUGUUUAGCAGACUUCCGCAUGCGGCAAUCGUACGAGCUGUCAACUGGUGUAUCUGGUGGUUUGAGUCGAAAGGUUUUCUUGGUGUGUUUGUUAGACACAGAGGAAAAGGCACGCCGUUCAGCAGACAGGAAAGCGUGGAUGGAUUUCAGUUUGUGAGUUUUGGAAUAUCCGAAAUUUUGUAAACUUCGAGCUAGAGGGUUGUUUCACGAUGGCAGGUAAGGUAGUCCUGCAGCAAGUCAUAGGAGUUCCGAUGGGAAAAUCAACCAGCCCACCGCUG